GGCCAGUUAUCCCAACACAUCCCAACAGCAAGCCAACUCCUUCGGCCAUUUGAGCACACCACUGCAUCCGCCCUCCACCUCCACCGUCCAUCCUUGCAACACCGAACACAUUAUUUGUGCAUCGACCAUCCCUCCAUGGGCAAGCCUAAACGCCAUCGCCCAGGCGACAGCCGGCAUGCAGGCGACAGGCGACACUGGGACGACGACCGCGACAACCACAAGCCUGCGCCGGCCUUCCCCCCAAGCGCAUACAUACGUGGGUAUGAAGCCGAGCUCCUUCGGCCCGACGGUUUGUCGCACCCACCGCGUCUGAUCAAGCGCGAGAGCGGUGACCCGUCCGAGCCCGAAGUCUGGGCCGACCGCCACGACAUCCUGCACCUCGUCGCUUCGCUUCCCCGCGCACGGCCCCCCUCGCCGACUGGCUCGCUGUCCAGCUCGUGGUCGCUCCCAACGGACGCGGAGGAGAUGUUCGACGUCUCGGGCGACGAGGAGAUCGCUGCGCACGAUACAGCGCGGCGCAAGCUCCUCGUCGAGGCGCUGCGUGAAGAGCGGUUACGCGAGCGUGAGCGAGAAGACCGCGAAGCCAAGGAGACCGAGGAGCGGGCCAAGCGGGAGCGAGAUAACGCAGAGCCCCCAGCAGACGUCCUCAAGCUCAUGACCCACACGGCCAAGUCGCUGGCCGCGUCGCCCAACCCCGCCAUGCUCGAGAUGCGCAUCGUGACCCGCCACGCGUCAGACGCACGGUUCGCCUUCCUCCGUGCAGGUGGGCCAUGGAGCGGGGCGUGGAGCCGCGUGCGUGCGCAGGAAGGUGUCGCGCCUGCUCCAGGAGCUCUGGGGGCCGGGCGAGCGGCUGACGCGAAGCCCAAGCCGCCGGUGUCUGCCGCUGCCAAGGGUAUCGGGCUGCCGUCUGCUAGCAUGGGCGGACUCAUGGGCGGAUAUGGCAGCGACAGUGAUGCCGAGUCGGACCACUCGGCGGACGAGAUCCCAGACUCGCCGCACGACGACCCGCCACCUCCGCCGCCUGGCAGCCCGCCGCCCAGCCCGCCACCGUCACCUCCAUAG